CUCGGGUUUCACCUCACAACUAACUAACAAUGUCUGCUGGAGUUGAGGGGUCUGCUGCUUCUGCUUCACUGCUUUUUUGACCAUCUAGAAGUCAGAUGAGCUUCUGUGAAGAUGACACUGGGUUCCACUUUGAUCAAAUAUUCAAUCGUCUUGACAUCUUCAAAUGGCUUUCUACAGCUCUAAGUCCAAAGAGAAGUCUGGACAGGCUUACUCUAAGAUAGGAAGAAAUAAAGAAGAAGUUGCUAGUCUAUCUGAUUUGACACAGACGUUUUCUGAAGUUGUUAAUACAUUUUCUUAUGAUGACCUCCUCAGAGUUACUGAUUACUACAAAACAUACCUGGCCUACGUGAUUGAAUAUGACAUCAGGAGUGUCCUGCAGAACCUGGUCACCAAGAAUAUCCUCACUAAUGAUGAGGCCAAGAUAUUUAAAGCUAAAGAAGAGCGUGAUGGUGUAGCAGGUGUGGAGUCCUUCAUCAGUGACUUGAUGAACAAAGAUAGUAUGGUGCUGGUCAAUCUGUGGCAAGCGCUAGCUGAAGAACUUGCAAGAUUUCCAUCACCAAAUCUGACAAGAAUACUGAAGGAGGUGACAGAGUGUGGACCGGAUCUCAUGAAAGAAAUUCAGGCCAGUCUCCAUCCCACUCCCAUUAAGGCUCAUAUUAAAGGCCUCCAUGAGACACACAGAGGUAGUGUGUAUGAAUCCACAAGAAUUCUGGAAGAUCAGGCUUCUACUGGAAAUCCACACACCAGAGCUGUGGUCUUUGAGACUCGAUACACAGAGCUGAUGGUCAUUGGUCAGUACAAACGGACCUACAAUGAGACUCACCAUGAACUUGAGAAGAUGGGGAAGACUCAUGCAGAGCUGGUGGAAGAGAGGACAAAAGUGAAAUGUGAGCGAAUCUGGACUGAGCAGCUUUUUAGAAGGAGUCCAGGAAGUGAGACACCCCCCCACAUUGUAGUGGUCAGUGGGGUGGCUGGCAUUGGGAAGACCACCAUGGUCCAAAAGAUCUUGUUUGACUGGGCCAGGGGCACUCAGUACCAAAGGUUUGCAUUUGUGUUCCUAUUUAAAUUCAGGGAGCUCAACUUAUUAGACACAGAGACAGAGCCCCAGAUGCCUCUGACCAGGCUGAUUGUAAGGCACUAUAAAUAUCUCAAUGACCCAAAGUUGAGAGAAAUCCUGAAAAAACCUGAAUCUCUCCUCUUUAUACUUGAUGGACUGGACGAGUAUAAACACAAAUUGGACUUCACACAGAGUAAAUUCUGCUCAGGCCCAGAUGACUACUUUCCUGUCCACAUCCUGGUCACAAGUCUGGUCAAAAGGACAUUACUGAAGGGCUGUUCAGUCCUGAUCACAAGUAGACCAACAGCACUGGAGUCCCUGGACAUGGAGAGAGUUGAUCGAUUUGUAGAGAUCCUGGGGUUCUUCCCUGCACAAAGACAGAUGUACUUUAAGAAGUUCUUUGGUGAUGCUGAUCAGGGCACUGAGGCUUUUCAAUAUGUGGAGGAAAACGCUAUCCUGUACACCAUGUGCUUCAACCCCUCGUACUGUUGGAUUAUCUGCUCUGUGCUGAAGAGCCACUUCAUGACGCCUGAAGAAGAGCGAGGGGCUACCCCCAGAACUGUCACAGAGCUCUUUGUAAUGUUUCUUCACAAUAUCCUAACCAAUCACAGGCGAGAAGCCAAGGACCAGCGGGGGAUUCUGGUCAAACUGGGAAACAUGGCUUACUAUGGAGUGACUAACAGAACUCUUGUGUUUUAUGAUAAGUUUCAGAUGUCUACCUUUGGUCUCCAGUCAGCCAUUUCCUCUCCAUUCCUCUCAGGGUUCCUUAAGGAAAUCCUGCAAAGAGAAAGCACUCUGGAACACACAACAUUCACAUUCUACCACCUCACCAUACAGGAGUUUAUGGCCGCCUGCUCCUUCUACCUCAGUCCAUCAGGGAGAGUUGAGGAGCUGGUUAAGAAUCUGGACUCAUGUAAAGAUGGCCGGUUUGAGAUUCUAACUCGAUUCUUGGCAGGAUUGGCCAGGCCUUCUGUGUUUAAAACACUGGGGGGAAUCCUGGGGGAGUUUGAGAGGAAGACAGCAAAGCAAAUACUGGAGUGGGUGAAGAAGAUAGCUGAACAGGUGCUACAGGGUGGAGAUAAAAUUAACGAUGAUGAUGUGCUAUUGGACCAAGAUAAAAGUAAAGCUCUGCGAGUGUGUCAGUGGCUCUAUGAGACUCAGAAUCAGAAAUUAAUCAGAGACACCAUUGGGAAGGAUUUAAAGAUGAACUUUAGUAGGACAACUUUGUCUCCUCUGGACUGUGCUGUGCUGGGCUCUGUCAUCAGCUGCAGUAGAGAACUUGAAGAGCUUGACCUGACAGGAACACAGCUCACCCCAGAGUGCAUCAGGAGACUGGCGCCAGGGCUCAGCUGCUGUAGACGAGUCAACUUCAGCUUAUGUCAUCUCACCUCCACUUGUUGCUCAACCCUCUCCUCGGUCCUCUCGUCUCCACACUCACGACUGACUGAAAUGAAAAUGGACCACAAUGGGAACAUGAAGGAUUCAGGAGUAGAUCAGUUAUGUGAGGGACUGAGGAGUGAAAGCUGCAAAUUAGAGAAACUGAGCCUCUACUCAUGUGGUCUCACCUCCAGAUGUUGUCCAGUUCUCUCCUCAGUCCUCUCUUUUCCGCACUCACAGCUGACUGAAUUAACUCUGGAUAACAGCAAAAUGGGAGAUACUGGAAUGGAUCAGCUGUUUGAGGGGCUAUGGAGUGAAAACUGUAAAUUAGAGAAAUUAAGUAUGUCUCAAUGUGGUCUCACCUCCACAUGCUGCUCAGCUCUUUCCUCAGUCCUUUCUUCUCCACACUCACGGCUGACUGAACUGGAGCUGCCCAACAAUAAACUUGGGAACUCAGGAGUGGCUCUGCUGUGUGAGGGGUUGAAGAGUGAAAACUGCAAAAUAGAGAAGCUGGGGCUCAAUUCAUGUGGUCUCACCUCCAGAGGUUAUUCAUCUCUCUCCUUAGUCUUCUGUUCUCCAAACUCACGACUGAAUGAACUGAACCUGAAAGAUAACACCAUGGAGGAUUCAGGAGUGGAUCAGCUGUGUGAGGGGCUGAGGAGUGAAAACUGCAAAUUACAGACACUGAGCCUCAUGAGAUGUCAUUUUACCUCAACAUGUUGCUCAGCUCUCUCCUCAGUCUUCUCUUCUGAAAAUUCACAACUCGCUGAACUGAACCUGAGCUACAACAAAAUAGAAGAUUCAGGCAUGGAGCAGCUGUGUGAGGGGCUGAUGAGUGAAAAAAGCAAAUUAAAGAAACUGAACCUUUCUAGUUGUUAUCUCACCUCCAGAUGUUGCUCAGCUCUCUCCUCAGUCCUUUCUUCUCCACACUCACUGCUGACUGAAUUGAACUUGGACAACAACAAACUGGGAGAUUCAGGAGCUCGACUGCUGUGCGAGGGUCUCAGAAAUCCAAACUGUAAAUUAAAUUCACUGAUGCUGUCUAACAAUGUGAUCAGUGACAGUGAGAAGGAGAACCUGAGGUCACUACAAGAGGAGCUGAAGGGAACUGGACAGCAGGUCGAUAUCAAGAUAUGAGAAGACUGGACAUGCUGAUCAAUUGACCCCAGUGAUGGCAUCCCCUGUCCACUCCCUCAAAAUUCUCCUCUUUAUUCUUUUAUAAUUACAUCAUCUCUGCUCCACAUAUAUUAAAAUCUCCAACUCCUC